AACAUUUUUGACGUAAAGUUUAAUCCGAACGAUAUUAAAAAUAAGCUAAAAAAAAAAGUUGGGAUGACAAGUUGAACUUUGUCGCGUAGAGUAAACCCUAACGUCCUCAGAAGUAUCCAGCUGCAAAUUUUGUCGCUUAGAAAUCACAGUCAACGUAUUGGAGUUAAGCAAAAGCUUAUUCUUAUCAGACUGGAAAGAUUUUGGGAUGGAUCCAGAGGCUGCAAAGACCGCACGAGAAUCUCUGGAUUUGGCAUUUCACAUGUCAAACAUUCUGGACACUGGGCUCGAUCGACACAUGCUUUCAGUACUCAUUGCCCUGUGUGACUUGGGCUUAAAUCCUGAGGCUUUGGCUGCUGUCGUGAAAGAACUCGGAAGAGAAGACUCUUGCUCUCCACCAACCCCUACUGCUCCUUCAUCUGCCCCUUAAACAGGUUUCUGGCAUUAACCAACAUCAGCCUUUUCUCUUCUUUCCUUGUCCAUAGUUGUGUAUGCUGAGAAUCUGUGAUUGGUAUCUUGGUGUUUUGAAGAUGUAAUUGGAAUUGUACUGUAGAUUUAUCAUUAUAAUUACAGUUAAAUUGUUGUGUUUUUAAUGUACUGGAAUUGAAAAUCAAUGCAAGUGUGAAGAUGAUGUUUCUACACCAA